GCUGACGCAGCGCGCCCAAGAUGGCGACGCAGUCGUCGUCCGGGGUGGCGGCGGCAGGGGGGGCGGCGGCCGUGGCGGCAGCGGCUACGGCAGCCGUGACGGCGGCGACGGCGCGGGGCCUGGGCCGGGGGGAAUGAGGCGGCCGCGGCGGGCCAGCGGCGGAGCCCUGUAGCGGUGAAGCGGCACCUCUUCCCUGCUUCCCUUGGCCGAGCCGGGGGCGCGCGUGCGCGCGCGGCCGUCCGGAGCGGACUCCCUACCCUCGACUCCCGCGACCCGCACCUCACCCCAACUCGGGCCCGGAGGAUGAUGAAGCUCAAGUCGAACCAGACCCGCACCUAUGACGGCGACGGCUACAAGAAGCGGGCCGCGUGCCUAUGUUUCCGUAGCGAGAGUGAGGAGGAGGUGCUACUCGUGAGCAGUAGUCGCCAUCCAGACCGAUGGAUUGUCCCUGGAGGAGGCAUGGAGCCCGAGGAGGAGCCCAGUGUGGCAGCAGUCCGUGAAGUCUGUGAGGAGGCUGGAGUAAAAGGGACAUUGGGAAGAUUAGUCGGAAUUUUUGAGAACCAGGAGAGGAAGCACAGAACGUAUGUCUAUGUGCUCAUUGUCACAGAAGUGCUGGAAGACUGGGAAGACUCAGUUAACAUUGGAAGGAAGCGGGAAUGGUUUAAAAUAGAAGAUGCCAUAAAAGUGCUGCAGUAUCACAAACCGGUGCAAGCAUCGUAUUUUGAAACGUUGAGGCAAGGCUACUCAGCCAACAAUGGCACCCCGCUCGUGGCCACCACUUACUCAGUUUCUGCUCAGAGCUCGAUGCCAGGCAUCAGAUGACUGAAGAUUUCCUGUAAGAGAAAUGGAAAUUGGAAACUAGACUGAAGUGCAGGUCUUCCCUCUCACCCUUGCUCUUUCACCUCUCCUCACAGGCCUCCUCUUUCAAAUAAGGCAUGAUGGGCAGCAGAGAAAGGGUUUAUUGAUAAUGUUGCUGUUUGGUGUUAAGUGAUGGGGCUUUUUCUUCUCUUUUUAUUGAAGGGGUGGGGGGUGGGUGUGUAAUUUGUCAGUACUUUUGUGCAUGAUCUGUCUCUCCCUUUUCACACCCCUACAAUUCUCUAAAGAGGCAAACAGCCUUCCUUCUGCCUUGGAUUCUGAAGUGUUCCUGUUUGUUUCAUCGCAGCCCUGGCCAGAUUUUUUUUUUUAUUAAAAGAUACCGAUGUGAGAUGAAAUCCUUCAACAGUUUGUCCUGUAAUGUGCUGUUAAGUCCAGUAGGUUGGUCACUUUCACUGCAGGAUACAUUUAUCUACACAUUAUAUACUGGGCAUAUAAUAUGUAAAUAAAUGACUUUUAGAAGAGGGAUUUAACUGUUUAAUUUUUCAAAGUUUUGUUUUUUAAAUUCAGGGUGUUUCUGAAGUGGAGAGCCUCACAAUUAAUUUACUUUUUUGUUUCUGAUGCCAGUGGCUAGGUAAAGUUCCCUGUCCUCUCUCUUUUCCCCAGUCAUCGACUGUAGUUAUAUAGGGUAUGGGAAGAGUUUAGCUACCUUCAUAGUGCUCCCAGGACUCAUGGCCUUCUCUUCUCGAAGCUGUGUUUCCAUGCCAAGAAAGAAACAGGAAGAAACCUAUUUUCUUUUUUAUUACCAAGCCAGGAGCAAAUGGCCUCAGCUCAGAUCUGGAGAAACAAUGCUAGAAAUUGAAUUCCUCCCUACAUGUUGACUAUAGGGAUUUGAACUGGAUUCUUGGGAUUACUAUCUAAAAAACUGGAGCGUCGAGCACUGUUUCUAUCCUGCUGGUUUGGAGUUUUUUCCGUAAUGCUACUUACCGCCGACAAAGGCCUCUCUCCCUGUGCAUCCAUGCCUUACACCGUGCUGAACUGGAUAUUGUCCUUGUGCUCUGAAGCAUCCAGCUGUACUUGGCAAGUGCAGCUGUACAGUCCUGUCCCCCUUCUGGGUAACCAUGUUACGUUCCUGAAAAGUACACAGGAGGAAAAUUCAGAUGUUUGCUUGUCUUUGUAAUGUUAUAGCACUUGUAAUUGCACCAUGGAGCAUGCUCAGAAAUAUUAAAUAUGUCUCCCACUGGGAUGUGAAAGGUCCAUCGUCCGCUGAGAAGUGGUAUGGGAGAAUGCUUAAUCAUUUAUUAGAACAGCAACAUAAUGCAUUGGCUCCCUGCAAACUGUCUUGUUGGUUUUUGAUACAGGUUUGAUGCUGGCUUCAUUUGCCAAUUGUGUUGUUUAGUCGAGAAGUAUGCAGAAAAGGGUCUUGAGACCGGGGCUGGGGGUGGGGGGCACUGAUCAAUCCCUGGCUUGAGACAGGAGUUUGUUGCUGUACUCUUAGUGGCAUCUCCUUUGUCAAAACAUAGCCAAGAUGUGAAAUUAAAAUCGUAGUUCUCUUUAUUUAAAAAUUCUAAUAAAUACUCAAACUUUGAAAAGCUUUUGCUCUUCCCUCCCACUAAAAGAAAUGUAGUAUCUGGUAGGCCUGUGUCAUUUAAUGUUCAGUGUUUUAGGGGACAUCAGUUGAUGAACUUAAAUUUUUGCUAUCUAUUCUCGGUUUGCAUAUUAUCUCCCAGUCUUAAAACACAGAGCCAAAAAGCAGUGCCGGCAGUUUCCUUAGGAUACCGCUCUACCUCUGGGAAAGGAAUCCUGUCCCUAAGUAAGGGUCCCAGUGGAUAGAAAGCACCAUGGGAUUUGAAUCUAAAUGCCAACUCACUGUUCAUGUGUCCUACUUAAAAACGAACACACUGCUGCUUAUUACCUGAUUUAGAGCAUUCUGAGGUUCUGUGCAAAUAAAUAAAGGGGACAAUAAAAUAAGUUCAGCUCAGCACUAAAUGGAGUCCCCAAAGCACAAUCUUCGAAAUAAAUUCUACCUUUAUGACAUAGAUUGAAAGAGCUUUGCAGGAAAACGAUUAGUACGCUUGAAAUAGGAACUGCAUUGUUAAUAGUAAUUUGUGCAGUUUUGAGUGAUCUGAAGAUGCUUUCACUGGGCUGGUAUAAUAAUACACUACCCUGCAAAGUCCUGUUUGGAUUGUUGUUGGCGUCUUUGGGUCAGGAAAGUGAACUGUGCCAAGAAGUAUUUGUCAGUGACAUGAAUGGAUCCCAUUAAUGCAGUUAACUGGCGAGGUUGUGCUGAUGCUUCCUUAACUGACAAAAGGAGGCUUUGUCCAACACCAGAAUUGUUGAAACUGGUGCAGUUAUCUGUUGCACUGGGAUUCUGGUGAGCAGGGGUUGGUGUUUUUCCCUCCCUGGCACCAUAAACACCAUGGCUAUCUCCUGACGUGUAGUCACAGCCCUUUUGUGCUACAUUACUUAAACGUAUGGUUGCAGUAACCUUUCUAUCUCCCCCAAAGAAAGCAAGGAAAAAGAGAGGAAAGCUCAAAGUUUACCCUACUUGCAGAAUAUUUCGACAACACUGAUUUGCCAUUAAUUCUGCAAGUACUCGCCUUAUUCAGGCUUGGCAGAAACAGGUUCCUGUGUUCAGGGCAGAUAUAAAGUCUCUUUCUCACGGUGAACGGGCAUGUCUUAGAUUCUGGUUAUUACCAGAGUGCCCAUCAGAGUCCUCCAUACUCAGGAUGGAGAAAGAUAGCAAUGGCUUUUUUUUUAAAUUAAAAUUUGCUUUUGGUUUAUAAAUUGCAGCCCUUGGGGAAACAACAGUGAGAUCAUGCCAUUUUUUUUGGACCAGGACUUUGUGUGAGUGAGUGAGUGUGUGUGUGUGUGUGUGUGUGUGUGUGUGUGUGUAAGAGAGAAAGAGGACUACCAGGAGUCAGCCGCGUUAGGUUUUCUGGUAGCCUCUCAGAACAGUGCAGCCCGUGAAAGAGGAGUCUUGUUUUUUCUCAUGGUAAACAUAACAGGAUGGAAAAGUUACUGAAUUGACUUUUAUUUUUACAAGUGUCUGCUGCCCCAUCUGCCCUGCGAGGAGAGGGUUCCCUCACUGCUGAGUCUGAGCUGAGGCCAUCUGGAGGGAUCAGAGAGUGUGGGAGUAUCACCCCGCUAAGGCUGAGCAAGGCCUAGAAGGUGGCUUCGCUGCAGGAUUUCCGCCCUCUGCAUUGCGUUGCCAGUGCUGUGGAAAGCGAGGCACUGGAGGCCUUGCUUCCCGUAGCCUCUGGGGAGCAGAGUGGGUCACUGCCCUCUGAGAGUGUUUGUAGUUUUUUGUACACUCUUGCUACAUAGUCAAGUUCCUUCAUGGCAGAGAAAUAUUUUCUGUUUCAGUGUUAGGAGUCAGCCCAUGUAAAGUCUCUUAGACUUGCUUAGAAGAAAAAAAAAGUCACCUUUUGUUUUUAGAAUUCGAGGAGGAAGAAGUUCCCCAUAGAACCACACUUCCUCCUUCUGCUUCCCCUUUCUCUUCUCCACGUACAGUGCUCAUUGGGGGCUUCUUCUAAACCUCUUCAACAGAGGGGAGUAAUCAGUCUUCUGAUGGACAUGGAUGUGCGUUUCACACCUUGUACUUAACAUAUUUGUCAUUUCCGUCUAGUGCUGUGUUAAUACCUUUGUUGAUCUCCCCACCUGAUCUUUUUUUAAAAACAGCUUAGCCUGAGCCAUAUUUUUUUUUUCAUUUACAAAAAGGAUUUAAUAACCACAAUGUGAUUUUUGUCACAACUGUAUGAUUUUUAAUAUUUCUGAAGUGUUCUCUAAGCCCAUCCUAGUUGAGAGUGAAUUUAGCAUUAGAAGAAAUACCUGGAGAAAUCUCCACAGUGGGAUGAAUUUUUGCUUAAAGAGAAAUGAGAGUUUGAUAAUAUAGCUCCAUCCUGGUCCCACCUGCAUUUCACAUCCACAUCUUUACAAAAAAUAGGAGACAUGCAGGAUAGUCAACUCAAGCAUUUCUAGGGAGAGGAGAUUGUUUAAUGGUGAUUAAAUAAUGCAGAUGGCUCUUUGAGUUCUUAUUCUUGAAGACUCUAAAAGAAGUCAGACCUGAGGCUGUGCAGUUUAUACUGCCCAGUUGGGGUGGCGGUCGUUUCUUCUGAGCACUGCUGGGAUGGAACCUAUUUCCCCAAGGCUCUGCAGCUGUCGACCUUAGUGGCGUCAGCCUUGCUCCAUCAGGGCACCCCCCCCCUCACUUGAGGUAGGUGGGAAAUCCCCCCAGAGUCAGCCUCUGCACUCUGGGGUGAGCUUGCAACAGAGACCACACCAUCCAGAAGAGCUGUGUAUUCCAUGUCACCUGACAUGUCACCUAAAGCAGUAAGACAUUUGAGAUUAUCAAGUAAAUUGUGAAUUGCUAAAUACUGCAAACUAUAGAAUAUACUACAUCAGGUUGACUUGAGGUCAUCACAGGCCCUGGGAACCUGCUUUUAGGCAGACUCUCCUUUGGAAGCCAGGAGCCUUCCACUCCUGUCUCUGAAAAGGCAGCUUCACACUUCAACAAUGUUUUUGCAUUAGCUUGAUAACCUUUCAGGGAUGGGUAAAGCCUAAUCAAGACAUUUAAAAAAUGAUACCUCUCACCUUCAGAGUAAUCCAAUAGUUUGUCCUCCUAAUCCCCUUAAAAAUUAAUAAAUAAAAAGAGAAAUAAAGAAUCCCAUUUGGUGUUGAUUCUAACAGACUCCUUGAGCUGAGGCUGGCAGUCACGUGAUUUGAUUUUGUGUGUCUGCUACAUGAAGCUUUUGAAGUGAAAAGGGCACGUCUCACCCCUAAAUCUUUGUUGAUAGUGAUGAUCUGUGAGCCUGAGCUUGUCCUAGAAAAUGAGACUGUCCACCUGGCAAGGGGAGCACAAAGGAAAGCCUCCUUAACUCAGAAUUGAGCACAGCAGGAGGGCCUCUGCGGAAGAAGGAAGUGCUUUUGGCUGAAAAAGCAAGAUUAAUAUCUAGAAGGUGGUGAGUCAUUGUUUCUGUUCCUCCAGCAAUUAGGUUGUUUAAUUAAAUAGGUUUCCUUCAGUUUACAUUCCCAGUUCUUAACCCCAAACAGGGGCCACUAGAACAGCAAAAAAAAGGCAUUUAACCCCCUGGAGAUAGGCUUUAAAAGAUACAAAAGCAGCAGCCUUGUCAUUUUCCAGGUUCAUCACCAUUUUGAUGUGCUGCCUGUCCUUCCACCCCCACUGCAGCCAGGCCAGAUUUGAAGAUUCUAUUAAUAUUUGAGUUGGGGAACAUAAAUUCUGGUUCUGGAACAAUUACCUACUAAAUUGCUCACCAUCUGUGGACAUUAUCCAUGGGAUGCACCUUUCAGGGAACAUUUCAACAAUACAGUAAAAUCACUCUUCUGGGCUUGAGGCCCCAAUCAGGCAUUAAGAUCAAAAUCUUAAGUCUUUGGAACCUCUCAGGAAGAAAGCAAGAUACCCAUUCCCGAUGCUGAGCCUUGAGACUGGACUCCCCUGUCUGUAGAGUGGGGUGGAGUGGCUCACCUUCAGGAAGUCAUUUCUCCAUUGAGGUUGACUGCAAGUCCUUACAGGAAGUAAUACUGAUAUGAGCCUGCGCACCGCAGACACAAACCUGCCCUUUUGCCUCCUCCCACGUGACUGAGAGCAUUUUUUGCUCAGAAUCCAAAGGGAUUCUCUACUCCAAAAUCCAGUUUGCUUCAGGUGUUUGGUUUCGCCUCUGAGAACGUCACCCUUUCACUCACCCGUUCAUGGACGUAGAUGUGCUGCUCAGGGCACAGAUUCACGAGGGAGUCUAGGGCCCAGCAGUUGCAUAGUGUUGCAUUUUGUAGUUAGAAAAACAGUUGGUCCACUCUAUUAUAAAAGAGACACAGUGUGGGGGUGCAGUUUUAUAAAUGUCAGGUCUGUUUUUAUUGUCUCAUGGUCUGAAAACAUUCAAACUGAUUUAUAAUUGAAGAAAAAGUUGGUGGUUAAAAUAAAUAAAAUGUCAGUUAGUGCAUCUAUCUUAAAGAUAACUACCAGUGUAUACCAUGUGUUUAAGGAAGUAGGAGCAUUUGAGGAUGUUGUAAAAGUAAAGCAGGUAUCUCUGGCCUACCCAAGUGUUUCAGAGGGAGGACGUGGAAGCCCAUUAGUAGCAUCUUUAUACUUGACUUUGUAUAAAGAGUCCAGUCUUUAUUUCAAGGACCUUUUUCCCAUCCUACCGAAUCACCUUGGUAGGGGAUGGGCUCUAAGGAAGAAGCAGUGAGGCCCCAGCUCUAUUUGCUGAGCUACAGGGUAUGAUUUCCAAACAGCAUAAGGCGUAUUUGAGGGGUUUCCUAACUCUGCUCACCUCCACUCCACUCAUCUACCAUCAGCACCAGCAGGGUUAAACUCCCUGGGACCAUUCCAGUUCUGAAACAGAUGAACUAGAGGUGCUUCCAAACCCUGUCUUCUCAAGUGUAUCACGCAGGUGCAGUCUCCCUUUGGCCAAGUUCAACAGGUGUUUCCAGGGAACCCUUUGGAUGGAGGUAAAGUAGCCAAGAUGUAUUGAGUUUAACUUUUUCUGAAGGACAAAGUCUUUGUCCCUCUCCCCUCAUGUUUUAGCUGAGGCCUAAAUGACCAAGUCUCCAGAACUGAGACAGAGAGCCAGGGGCCCCUGUACCCAGGGACCAGUCCCCUGGGGAUCUCACAGACUCAAACCAGACUAUUCUGAUUCCACCGGAACUCCGCUGCUGUCCCCUUCCAUCAGGACCACCCAGAAAAGCAAACAACUUAGCCUUUCCACCCCUAGGUCACCUGGUUCCUUGGUGACCAUUCUGCAGAGUGAGAAUGGAUCACCUGUUUAGGCAGUGUGCUGUAUAUUUGUAGAAAGGGUAGAAAGUGGAGUGGCCAAUGGGCUGAGUACUCAUCCUUGGAGAGGGUAGCAGAAUAACCCCAGAUGAGCUCAACAAAACCCCAGGGAAUCCAAGGAAAGGUGCUCGUGUGGGAGGAGGGGUUGGUAAUGGUCCCUUAACCUCUUGGGACCUUCCACAACUGGGGUUUGGAAUAACGUCGCCCUUACCCCUAUCCAAAUGUGCUCCAGGACGUAGGAGCUCCUGACCCAGGGGUGCAUGGUCUUGUUUUCCAUUUUUUCAUUUGCAAAACAACCUUGCUUGGUAUUGUAUGAGAAAAGCGAGUUUUCCUCCUUGCCCACUUGGAGCCGCCUGCCCAGGCCUGGCUUCUUCCCCAGUCUCUCAGUGCUCUUAGGAGCUGAGGGGAGCAGAAUGGGUCCAGAGGAAGUGGAAGGAAACUGAGUUUUCCUGCAUCCCUUUCUCUAGGAGGCUGUUCUUAGGCUUCCUUCAUACCUCUCUUUCCCGUGGGGGCAGGCGGGUUGUGGAGGAGGGCUGAAAAGAAAGUCCAGGUUUGGGUCUGAGACAGGUGCACAGCAGAUGCAAGUCCCCCUUUCCCCCCUUUAAUAGCCAGCCAGCCAUGUGUAACCAUCCCCUUACUAAAGCAUCCCCUCAUGUGCGCCGGCACCAGAGGACAGCAAAGCCCUCCCCCAUAGUCUAGCUGGAGCUCUGGUACUAUCCCUAAAAUCCCACCACCCCUAUAUCCGACUCCUUUUUAUAAAAGCAAAUGCUUAAACCUGUGAGUGUGCUGUUCCUUUCUAUGUGUUAAUCAGUUUCUUUCCACUUGAACUGUGUGGGAGGGAAGGGCAUUGGAACUGUAGGUUGUAAUAUUGUGCCAACCAAUAAAAACCAGUAUUUCACACACA